AUGUCUCGGCAACAGAAGAUUCUUUUCCCAAAAAUCAACUCUAGCAUUCCCGGCUAUCGGUAUCCAGAAUCGAUCAAUACUUUCAAUCGGCGAGGCGACGAGAAACCAACUCAUCGUGUGUUUCGUACCAAGAGGAAACAUGUACAGAGGGCCUGUGAGAGAUGUCGAGUCAAAAAGGCCAAGUGCGAUGGCAACCAGCCGUGUAGUAGGUGCGUGACUUACAACCAGGCGUGCAUUUUCCGCGACCGAAAGGCGACCCAAGAGAAAGUCUAUUCUCGAGGAUUCGUGGAGAUGCUCAUUUCCCAGCAUGCAGUGCAUAUUCAAGCACUGCGCGACUUAUACAAGCGUUGCGUGAGACGUGAAGGGUUUCCAGGCUCGCCCCUACAGGAAUCGAUCCAGGGGUACCCAGGCACGCAUGCAAUCCUGGACCGUCUAGGACUCAUCAAGCAUGCAGAAGAAGCCAUCGAAGACCCACAGAAAGUUCUCGCAGAUAUAGUCGAGUAUAUAAAACGUCUAGACCCAGCUUCUGACUGCUGCCUGGACUCUGUGGAAUCAACAACGGAUACAAGUGAGACCACUGUUUCGGAAGAGCUGUCACCAGAACCAAAUACACCCAGGGAGUCUCCUGACCUAUCUGUUCCGUCCAACGCUAGCACCUGGAAGACUGCAACGUCAGAAGAAGCCCGUUUAUGCCACGCGUAUGGCGAUUAUAAACCGAUGCACUCACAAUAUGCCGCCGACAUUCCCCUAGCAGGGAGCACAGACGAUGCCUGCGCUAUCAGAACCGAUGAUUUCACGGAAGUGUCUUGGAACUACUACCCAUCCCAAGUGCGAUACACACCCGCCGGUACAGAUACUGCCUCGUACACCAGAACAGAAUCAUUUGAAUCGUCGUGGCCAGAGAUAGCAGACCAUCCCUCUGCAACUUUCAUGCCAAUGACAUCGCGAGCAACCGCUUCAGAACCGUUGAUUUAUACGACUGAACAGUCAGAUUUUUCUCAUGGGUAUGCUUAUACGCAAGGGCAUGAGCAUUUGACUGGUCCCAUUCAACGUGAGCAUCAGCAUCAGCAUCAGCAUCAGCGACAGCUUCGGCAUUCGGUAGACUAUGGUCUUAUGAACACUGCAGAGCAUUAUGUUUACCUCUAG